AUGAAACAAUCAAUUAAACAUUCAUCUACAAUUCCAUUAAAGGUCAACCGUUAUGAUUUUACCUUUGAACUUGAUACCGGAACAUUUAAUACAAUUAUUAGUAUGGAGGAUUGGCUUAAACUUGGAUUACCGACUAUCCGUCCAUCUAAGUUGGAAUUAAAAUGUUACAGUGGUAAUACUCUUAAAAUUAAAGAUGAAUAUACUUAUCUUCAAGUGGAAUUAGAUGAACAAACUAAAAAUUUAGUUAUUAUUAAUAUACCACUAGGUUUAUUUCGUUAUAAUCGUAUGCAAUUCGUUAUUGUCGGUGUUCCAAAUUGUGUUUCUUAUCGUGAUGAUAUAUUAUUAACCGGGGCAAAUGAAGAAGAACAUUCACGAACACUUGAAAUGGUUUUUCUAAAACGUUCAGAAUUCGGUUUUAGGUGCAAUCCAGAAAAAUACUUAUUUUUUCAAGAUGAAGUUUCAUAUCUUGGAGGUAUUAUCAACAAGAAUGGGAAACGCCCAGAUCCAAAACGUGUAGAAGCUAUUAUAAAUAUAUCCGCGCCCAAGAAUGUCAAAGAACUUGAAGCUUUCAUUGGUAAAGUUAACUAUUAUGGAAAAUUUAUUUCGAAUUUUUCCGACAAAUGCAAAUUAUUAAUCCUUUCAAUUCCGACAUUUUCUCUCGUUCUAUACAAAGUUGAAGAAAAUCUUGAUUUCUCUCUCCCUUGCUUUCUCCUUUAGAUAAUCAGCUGCACUAGUUCAGUGCGAAAAAAAAUAUUUUCACAGCGCAGAAUAUACGCGCUUCUUUGAAUACAUGUGAUAUGUAUUAUGUAGGAAAACGACAGAACGCAAAGUUUCUAUAUUACGAGUCAUCUCAUAGAUGACAUGUGGAAUUGAACGGGUUAAAUCAUUUUCGUAAAAAAAAUAUUCCAUGGAAAUGGAGUCAAUAAUGUCAAAAAACAUUCAACAAUCUUCUACAAGAAAUUUCCAAAUCAUUAUUCUUUUAUAUAUAAAUUUUGUGUUGCUGUAGAAUCAAUUUUAUUAUGUAAAUAACUUUUUAUUUAUUUUAUUUCAGAAUUAUUCAUUUUAUAUAUAAAUUAUAUUUUAUCAUUAAUUUUAUUUAUAAUUAUUUUUUCUUUUGUUUUAGUAUCAUUUAUUUUUAUUUUAAAUAUAAAUUUUAUAUCGUUUUAGAGUCAAUUUUAUUAAAUAAGCAAUUCGGUCGCAAUUGUCGAAAUUAGAACAUUUAGUAUGGAAGUUUCGUUUUUCGGAAAUCUGCCCACUGAAGAAUGCUCGAUGCAAGUGUCCUUACCUCGGAAGGUAGAGCCUGAAGUGAGUUUCCCUACCUGGGAACGUGGAACGCGUACGGAUUCCGGUUCCUAGGAAUCCGGGAGCCCAUUGUGGCUCGACAUGAAUAAAAAAAAUAACCACAUCUCAGCAGCUUCGAUUACUGGCUAAUGUUUAGGAAGCAAUUUUCAAACGCGUUCCCAUGCGUGGGAACAGAACCCGGAGGAACGGGAACGCUGACGCCCCUAAUCAAGGUUCAUGUUUUCAGUUAAAAAAGAAAUACUGCGUGAUUUAGUUAUGUUUCUGAAGCCACAAUGGCAUAUAACAAAUCGACAAUUGGCAAAAUUACCUUUAUUUUGGAUUGUUGCUAUCUAUACAACACGGCUUUUAAAUCAAUAGUUAAAAAAAACUCCAAAUCAACCAAAAGAAUAUGCAGUUGAAGCAAUUGGCAUUAAUUUUAGUCAAUGAGAGACUGCAGAUUCAUAGGAUUCACAUCUUAUCGAUUGCAAUGCACAUGCACAUUUAUUACUAACAUUAGAAUUUAUUAAUUCAUGUGAUGAUGCUUUUUUUUCAUCACUAAAAGGUUGUGUCAUGGCUACUUCUGACUAUUUACGUCAAAAUGCGUAAUUGUUUUAUAAUAAUCGUAUUCAAAAUCAUGAAUUUGAUUCAAAAGAAAUGAAUGAAUCCUCAAAACAAUUGAAUAAUAUUGAACAACAACAAAAAGAAAUGAAUAAGGAUUUACAACAAGUUAGAACUAAUGUUCACAAUGUGCAAUCUAAAUUUGAAAACGUAGAAAAAUCAAUCAAUAAAGUCUUCGAAUUAUUAAAAGUAUAUUUCCAGUAACAACCAGAAGAAAAAAACGAUGAAAUACUCCUUGAAAACAUAGAUAAUAAAAAAGAAAUAUAAUGCCAUAAACCAUCUUAUUUGAAUUUCAUAAAAGAAAAACAUAUAUCUAUCAAAAGUUUUAGAGUUUUUUUAAACUGAAUUUUUUUCGAACAGUUAUGUUUGCAAUUUAUAUAUAGACAUUCUUCAUAGAACUAUUGUCCAUUCCAGAGUUAAAUAGCCGUAGCUAUUUUUUGAAUAACUUUUGAUCGACUAACGUUAUCGAGUUGGGAGUUGCGCAGCUGGAAAGAGUGUACUCCAAUGCAUCUUUUUGUAUAACUCAUUUGAGUCCACAAACAUUUUUUUACGACUGUUUAUGCGUUGCUAUAUUGUUUUUGUU